AGAUAGGUGAACAAAAGUAACACAUGUAGCGGUACGAGUACAAACUCGUGAAUCUCGUGUACCGUUGUGCGCAUAUGGUUGAACUAGUUUGUUUUGGUGGAAAUGAUAACAGCUGUUGAAAUAUUGAAUUCAGUUAUGGUGUUGGGUAUCCUAAGAUCAAACCUACAUCUUUCAUGAAGUAAUUUUUUGAGGCCAUAUGGAUGUAUCUGUUAUACAGAACUUUCUUAGCGAGUUGAAUGAACAUUUAUCCAACUUCAGCUACAUAAAUGGUUUUCUACCAACACAGGCAGACUGUUACAUAUAUAGACUGUUGUCUUCUCAGUUUCCUGCUCCACAGAACUUACCACAUGUCCUUCGUUGGUAUAAGCAUAUUCAAAGCUUUAGACAAGUAGAACAAGACAAGUUCCCAAAACACUUGGACCACUACUGGACCCCAACCUCAUUCACAAAAUUAGUGGAGGAGAUAAGCACCAUGGCUCCAAGUGGUGAUACUCUGUCAUGGAAAGAUAAAUAUGCUCUUAUUUCACGUAAUCUGCAAGAGGUACUCGGGGAGGACAAGAUGAUAGCAUUGCUAAAGGAACGAGACCUAAAAAUCUACUGGGGGACAGCUACAACUGGAAAGCCUCAUGUAGCAUACUUUGUGCCAAUGGCCAAAAUAGCAGACUUUCUGAGAGCAAAGUGUGAGGUGACAGUGUUGUUUGCAGACUUACAUGCCUACCUGGACAACAUGAAAGCGCCUUGGGAAUUAUUGGCACUACGAUCAGAGUACUACGAACAAGUCAUUAAGGCUAUGUUGCAUUCUAUUGGUGUUCCACUAGAAAAGUUGAAGUUUGUAAAAGGAACAGAUUAUGAACUAUCCAGGGAGUAUACUUUGGAUGUGUACAGAUUAAGCUCUAUUGUCACAGAGCAUGACGCCAAGAAAGCUGGUGCUGAAGUGGUCAAGCAGGUUGAACACCCCAUACUCUCUGGGCUUCUGUAUCCAGGGCUACAAGCACUAGAUGAAGAGUAUUUACAUGUGGAUGCUCAAUUUGGAGGAGUGGACCAGCGGAAAAUAUUUACAUUUGCAGAGAAAUACCUACCUCAGUUGGGAUAUGCAAAGAGGAUACAUCUUAUGAAUCCAAUGGUGCCAGGACUUGCAGGAGGGAAAAUGUCAUCUUCAGAAGAAGACAGUAAAAUAGAUCUUCUGGAUACUCCAGCAGCUGUCAAGAAAAAACUGAAGAAAGCUUUUUGCGAACCAGGCAACGUGGCAGAUAAUGGUGUACUAGCAUUUGUCAAGCAUGUGUUGUUCAGUCUCUUCCGUGAAGGUGAAGGAUUUACAGUAUCUCGUGAUCCUGCAAAUGGCGGAGAUGCUACAUACUUAACAUAUGAAGAACUGGAGUUGGCAUUCAGUAAAGAAGAAGUGCAUCCAGGGGAUUUAAAGGCUACUGUAGAAAGUUACAUUAAUAAAUUACUGGAACCGAUAAGAAAUAAGUUUGAAGAUCCUGCACUUAAGAAGCUGACUGAGAAAGCUUACCCACCUCCAAGCAAACAGAGUAAGUAUAUUAUAUUUAAGCCACAUCGCUUGGAUAUUCGAAUAGGCAGAAUUGUGGAGGUUGCAAAACAUCCUGAUGCAGAUGCGCUCUAUGUUGAGAAAAUAGAUGUGGGUGAGUCUUCACCCCGUACAAUAGUGAGUGGAUUGGUUAAUUAUGUUCCAAUAGAAGAGAUGCAGGACCGCAUGGUAGUGGUUUUAUGUAAUCUAAAGCCCGCCAAGAUGAGGGGUAUUGAGUCAAAUGGUAUGGUCCUCUGUGCAUCUGUGGACGAACCAAGAGCUGUAGAACCACUCAUACCACCUACAGGAAGUUCACCUGGUGAUUGUGUGCUUAUAGAAGGCUAUGAGUCAGGUACUCCAGAUGAUGUACUGAAUCCUAAAAAGAAGAUUUGGGAAAAGUUACAGGUGGAUUUAAAGACUACAGCAAAUUGUGAGGCCCAGUGGCAAGGUAAUGCUUUGUGUACAAAAGCGGGCAAGAUUACUUGCAAGUCCCUUAAGAAUGCUCCAAUUAAAUGAGACACUGUCUCAUUAAGUACUGCUGUUUAACAUGGGCUCUUCAGUAAUAUAUUGAAGUAACUUUUUGGAUAUAAUGUACAAGUUCCUUGUUAAACCUGAAUGCUGUGAUAUAAAUAAAGGGUUACUACACCAUUUA